UCAAGGCCCAAGUUCAUUCUACCUGAACAAAUGGACUCCAAAUUACCCAAAUUGCAAUUUGAGUUUCUUCGGCUAAUGUUGAGACCACUUCCCUGAGCUGUGAACUGUGUCUUCCGGCGGCGAAAUUGAGUCGGCUGAUGGAUCGACAAGCUCCUGAUUAUGCAGCUGCUAUGGCAUUUGCUCAACAGCAGCACCAAGCAGCAAACACUCAACAGCAACAACAGUUUGGUUUUCAUCCUCAACAUCAACAAUUUCCUCCUUCAAUUCACGGUCCUCCAUUUCUAGCCCCGCAUUCUUCUCUUCAACAGUUCCCUUACCCUCGCCCUAUGCAGCAACCACAACUCCAUCCUCAUACGCCCCCUCCGCAUCUUCUUCACCUUCAGCAGCAACAGCAACCGCCUCCUGCUUUUCCACCACACAUGCCUCCUCACCUUGCUCCAUCACCUUUCUUCAAUCCGUAUGAUACUCCCCCGCCUCCUGCUCCUCCACCAUCUGAUCCUGAACUCCUAAAGCGUAUUGAUAAAUUAAUUGAAUAUGCUGUCAAGAAUGGUCCUGAUUUUGAAGCCAUGAUUCGUGAAAAGCAGCAAGAUAAUCCUGCUUACAGUUUCCUCUUUGGCGGCGAAGGCCAUUAUUACUAUCGCUAUAAGCUAUGGAUGGCUACUCGGCCCCCUGGUGGGCCUUUCAAUCCUUCUUUCCCAUCCUCUUCUUUGCCUAUGAUGCAUCCACCAAAUCCUAUGAUGAGUCCAUCACCCUUAACCCCUCCAUAUAAUGCCUCCAAUGCUUCCGCUGCAAUGUCAGGUCCACCCCAUUUGCAUCGACCCCCUUUCCCACCAUUUUAUGAUCAGCAUCACUCUCAGCCAUUUAGCCGAGCAGAUCAUGAUCAUUCAUAUGGGUCUUUCAGAGGUCUAUCUAGGCCUCUUCCAUCAGAUGUUGAAAUGGAGCUGAGUAAUGUUCUAAAUAGUCUUACUGGUACAAAAGAGUCAAUUAAAGGUGCCAAGAGUUGGUUUAUGCAGAGAUCUCCAUUUGUACCUGCUUUGGCUGAGGCACUCAGAGACAGGGUAUAUUCUGUAGAUGAUUCUGAGAGGCAACUGCAUAUAAUCUAUCUUGCCAAUGACAUCUUAUUUGAUAGCUUGCAGCGACGAAUCAAUCCUCUUGAGCUUGACAAUGAGGCACUUGCUUUUAAGCCUGUUUUGGGUCCCAUGCUUGCAAGAAUAUACCACAACCCUCAAAACAAGGAUGAAAAUCAAUCUCGGCUACAAAAAAUUCUACAGUUUUGGGGUACGAAGGAGGUUUACGAUCAGGAUACUAUCCGUGCACUUGAAAAUGAGAUGAUAGGUGGGCAGCCUGCAAAUUUUUCUGUUACUCCAAAGGAAUUAAUCAUGACAGAUCCUUCUGCUGGUGCAGGAUUAAUGCACCAGGCAGCAAACCAGGGUACUUUACAGUGGAAGCCUGACCAGCAAAGUUUAGCAAAUUUAGCUGAUCAAGGCAAACAAGUUCCUCCUAUACCAUCUGUAGCACCACAGCAAUUUCAUCCUGGUGCAGUUCCGCCUACUGGAUUUCCCGGGUCAAUGCCUGUACCAUCUUCUGUUCCACCAGCAAAUCUACAACCUGCAGCUCAUCUGACACCUGCAUCAACUGCAAAUGUAGGUGCAAAACUACCUCCAUACCCCUUGUUCCCUCCUGGUCUUAUUCCUGGUAUGGUCAGGAAGAUGCAGAUUGGUAGUGGGGUGCCUUACUCUCCCAUGAGCCCCUUGGAUAUCCCCACCAUCGUACCACCAUCCACUGUGUCAGAAUCUGAAAUUCUUGAAAGAGUGUCUAAAUUUUUUAAAGAGAUUGGAGAAGUUAAUCCAUCAGAAGGACCUAUUAAACAAUCUGAUUCAGCCAAUGAUUAUGAUGACUAUGAGAGAGAGCCUCCUGUUCGCAAGGGAGGGGCUUGUAUUCCUCCCCCUCCUAACCUUCAAGUUGACCCUGAAACUGGGACUUAUGCUGAUGGAAGUGUGGUGCAGAAACCUGGAUCGAAUAGCUCAGGGCGAUUAGGACUUGGAGCCACUGCUGAUCCAAACGAGUGUAGUCAAUAUGAUGACGUUUACACUUCUUACCGGAAAGAGAGAAGCACCAAUUAUCAUUCAUCAAUGAGUGUAAGAACUGCUGCGAGGUAAUUGAGUCGAUAAUGUUGACUAUUCCUGGAAGGAGUAUAAAGCUUUCAUGGCAAAAAUUUUGCCCUUCAAGCUACAGUUGAGUGGACAAAAGUUGUGCUUGUCUAUUUAAGUUGUAAAUUAUGAUGAAUAUUGAUCCGACAUUGCAAACAUGUAACGAAAUGAGCUAGCUCUAUCCCUAUCUUUCUUUACUGAACAGCUAGUUAGCUGUGUUAUUUGAUCUUUCAUAUGUUUUUCUUCUAUUUCGUCCUAUUUUUUCUGGGAAUGACGAUGCUACCGAUAUUCUUGGCA